UCGCGCUUGAGCGCAUCGCAUCGCAUCGCACCCGUUUUCCUUGGGCAGACUCGACUGCUUGCCUGUCUGCCUACCAUGGCAACCUCCAACCCCACAAGAAGUCGGGCAGCGUCGUCGGUGGGACAGCAUGGCAGCAGAGACAAUUCCCUUGCGCCCACGGGCGUCCACACAAUAAUCAAAGGCGGCCUCAGCUCGUCCACGACGUCAAUUGCGAGUAGCAGCGACGACCGCGCACCAGACAAUGGAAGCGCGUACGAUUGGCACAUGGCGUCCGACAGCAACAAUAUGGACAAGCUGAAGAAUCACGGCUCCGAGGACGGGCACAGCGAGAGCUCGUCCACCCAUCGUCGCCGCAUGUCCAAAAUAUUCGGGCGCAAGACACGCCGUAAAUCAGGCCACAGCAACGUCUCUGAUUCCGCCGACGACAUGAUUCCCCCCGUACCCAUGAUGCCAGCUGCCUCGCAACACGGCUUGUCCGCGAGCGAGGAAUCACUCGGUCUGCACAAGAGCGUAUCGAGCAGCCUGCUCACCGAAGACUCGGACGCUGAAGGUGCUGCCCCGGUACGACCCGGCAUCUCUCCGCACCAUUCCCAUGCCGGCUACUUGACUUUGUCAUCGCCUUUGAUUGCUGCUCAAACCGUCGAUUCAACCCCUUCCGAGUCUGCAGCUUCCGAAGAUCAAGCGUCCACUCCACGCCACGCUCAUACCUUUGACGUCGCCGCCACUAAACGAGGCUCUUCACCAGGCCGCAAACUCAAGGAGGCCUUCACACCAACAUCAAAGCGCACUAUCACACAAAAGUCGUCAGGAGGGGACGCGGCUGAUAGUCCGCGACCCAGCACUAGCGGUGGAAUAGGGACACUUUUUGGGGGGAAGAAGCGCGAGACCACCACCAUAUUGGAUGAUAAUACAUUGCAAGCAUCGCCUCCACCAAUCACUACGACCAAGGAGGUUCGCCCUUCGUCUUCACUUCCUGUCAUUACUCCCAAACUCAUCGUCACUGAGCUCCCAGCAACCCCACCGAACCUAGUCGAAGCUCCUACCACAUUAGUUACCCCUCCCACUCCAACAGAUGCAAAAUCAACCUUUCACACGGAAUCAACUUCAAGUGCGAAGACCCCGACCCAACCUACGAACCCCAACGUUGUAGUUUCGCCCUCGGGGAACAUGAUAUCGCACCGACGCGCACGAUCCGCAACAAAUCCCCCAAGCAAACUUUCCAAUUCCAUAUUAGCUCCAUUGACUCCGACCAUAGAGGAGGCCAAGACUCCCGGUGGAACAGCUGUCCCUCCCCAGUCCCCUAGUGGAUUUUUCUCCUCGGUCUUCUCCGCUGCACAAAACGCUGCAAACACUCUCAGUACCACCAUCACCAAUACCGCUACCACGAACAAACCGAAAGGUCCUGGUCAGCAAUCUAAAGUAGAAGAGGGGGGCGGCGAGGAAGUCCUAAGUGCAAACGCUUCGAGCACAGCUGUGAAUGAAGGGUCCGAGAAACGUAAAUUGGCUGUUGAAACUCUGGGCUCCGGAAAUCUGAGCUUGGCUCAACUUGGGAUAGCAGAUCCAGAAGAGGCCACUAUCAUGUCUUCCAGCACUAAUUUGCCGGUAGCAUCCGAUGAUGCCUCUGCGAAAGCUGCAGAUCUGGUGGCAGCUCAAGCUGUAUCAGCGGCAUACGCUGCUGAAACCCCGGCCACCAUCCCCAAUGACGAUCAUGCAAGGUCCCUCACAGCAGCAUCCACUAAUGCUAUGUCCCCACCUCGGCAAUCGGAUAUCACAGAUUCACCCGCUGCAGCCUCCAUUCAACGACAAGGUAGCAUUCGUAGCCGGGUAAGUGGAGGGAAAACACGGCGGCACCGAGGCAGCUCUGCUACAACAGGUAAUACUAUAGCAGCUGCAAUUGGUGCCAGUACUUCAACCUUGGUCCCCCAAGCCGGUGGUCUCAGCAAUCAGCGCCUCAAUGGUACCGGUUUUGCCGUCGCAUCGCCAAAAAGAAACAGAGAAUUUCACGCGUUGUUCAAGAGUGUCCCUGAAGAUGACUAUCUUAUCGAAGAUUAUAGCGCAGCAUUGCAGAAAGAGAUCCUUCUACAAGGUCGACUAUAUGUUUCCGAAGGUCAUCUGUGUUUCUCCAGCAACAUUCUCGGUUGGGUCACCAAUUUGGUGAUAAGUUUCGACGAAGUAGUGUCGGUAGAGAAGAAGUCUACGGCUGUUGUUUUCCCCAAUGCCAUUGUGAUUCAGACACUCCAUGCUCGUAACGUUUUCGCGUCGUUAUUGACUCGAGACACUACUUAUGAUCUCAUCAUUGGCAUCUGGAAGAUAUCGCACCCCAAUUUGAAGUCGUCUCUCAACGGAGUGGCGUUAGAUGGGUCUGGGACAGGCGAUAAGACAGAAAAGGCAGAAUCUGUUGGCAGCGAAGAUGGCUCUGUACAGGACUCGGAGGAUGACGUUUAUGACGAGGAUGCUGAAGAUGACGAUGGAAUGGGAAGUUUUACAGACGCUGGGGAAGGCAGUGUCACGGGCAGCGAAAUUGGAUCUGUGGCUGGCGAGGCGCGGAAAGCCAGCGCGGCCAUUGCACAGGCUGUCAGUGGCGGUACUCAAAAACUCAGUGAGACCGCAGAGGCCACAAUCAACGGAGCACCUGCAAUUCAGGAUUUCCCAGGGGCAGCAACACAUGCGCCUACAGAAUGCGGUGAUAACGAUCAGCAUUACGAUAAGCUUCUGAUUGACACAACCAUCCCUGCGCCGCUCGGGAAAAUCUACAGUUUGACUUUCGGCCCGGGUUCCGGCGUGUUUAUGCGCAAAUGGCUGGUAGAAGACCAGAAAUCCACAGACCUCCAAAUGGAGGACGACGGCAAAGGUCUCGGUGAGGCCAACAAGACGUUCAGCUUUUCAUACAUCAAACCUCUCGGAGGUAGUAUUGGCCCGAAACAGACCAAGUGCAACAUCACAUCGAACCUGGAACAGUACGAUCUGAACAAGGCCGUUACAGUAUUGCAAGCCACACAGACCCCAGAUGUUCCCAGUGGUAAUAUAUUCGUGACAAAGACAAGAUAUUGUCUGAUGUGGGGCCCCAACAAUAGCACACGCCUUAUUAUGACAUUCACUGUAGAAUGGAGCGGCAAGAGUUGGCUUCGAGCCCCCAUUGAGAAAGGUGCGAACGAUGGGCAAUUGACCUACGCAACCAGUCUUAGCACAGCACUUCGCAACGCUGUGGCUGCGAAGAGCAGCGUACCCAGAGGGCCGGGCAAAGCAGGCAAGGGCAAGAAGCGUUCCAAAGCAAACGUCGUCGCAGCAGAUGCACCUGCACCUGCCGCCUCGGCAGCCUCGGCACCGGCCAAGGAAAAUAGCUGGGGCGUCCUCGAUCCGCUACGAAGUCUUCUCGGACCUGUUGCUGACAUCAUAGACAUGAUCAUCACAAAACAGAACCUUAUACUGCUACUUGGCGGCAUUCUCAUAUACUCUUGGUUAUUCCCUCGCUCGCACGGCGUUAUCUCCCCGGGCUACAUGAGCACAGCGCAGCGUCAGGUGGCGUAUGAAGAACUCUGGCGGCAUGAAGAAGCCGAGCUCUGGAAAUGGCUCGAGGAGCGCGUCGCCAUGGACCACGUGCACAGCUCUGUGGCGGGUGGACGCGUAACCUAUGGCCAGGACAUGCAGGACAAGCUGUUGUCAGAGAGCAUGCGUGAAAGACAGGUUGACGAUGCGAUCCGCACUACCGAGGAGCGAUUGAGUGCGCUGAAGCGUGCAGUCAAGAGGGAACGGGAGACAAGCACCAAAAGUCCGAAGGAAGAGUCCACCACAUAG